AUGGUUCGUCUUUCGAAUCCAUUUGCUUUCUCCCCGGCUUCAGUAACCAUUAUCUCCACAUCACUCUAUAUCGCACUUCUUGCUGUCCUAAUCGUGAUACAACUCGAAUUACCUAAAGUGCCAUCAUCUGCAACACCUUAUCACGGCAUCAAUCUUACCGAAGCAUGGCAGGAUUUGCAGCUGUUGACUGCAGAAUACCAUCCCUACAAUUCCCACAGAAAUGACUUCGUUCACGACUGGUUGCUCAGGCGCGUCAAGGACAUCUUGAAGAACGCCAAGGCAUCGGACGCCCAUGUCUUCGAGGACCAGACCUCGAACCUCACCUCGUCAACCUCCAGUGUCACCUCAUUGACCUCCGGAAUCAGUGUCUAUUUUGAAGGGACCAAUAUCAUAACCUAUAUCAGAGGAGCAAGAGACGAUAAGAAUGAAUGGUGGAAAGAAGAGGAUGGAUCUCCUUCCGAAGCCCAUGGAGUACUUGUGAAUGCUCAUUAUGAUAGCGUGUCUACUGGCUAUGGCUCUACUGAUGAUGGUGUUGGUGUCGUCUCAAUUCUUCAGCUCAUUCGAUACUUCACUACCAAAGGCAAUGAGCCCCGAAACGGCCUGGUUCUCCUGUUGAACAACGGGGAAGAGGACUUCUUGAACGGAGCCAGAGCAUUUGGUCAACAUCCGCUGUCAAGAUUUGUCCAUUCUUUCCUCAAUUUGGAAGGCGCAGGAGCUGGUGGUCGAGCUGCUCUGUUCCGAAGUACCGACGACGAGGUGACAAGGGCCUACGCCAGCUCUCCACAUCCAUUCGGCACUGUCGUCUCCGGAGAUGGUUUCAAGAGUGGUCUGGUUCGUAGCCAGACAGACUACGUUGUAUUCAACGAGGCGUUCGGCUACAGAGGCUUAGACGUUGCUUUCAUCGGCCCUCGAAGCAAAUACCAUACCUCGAACGAUGACUCGAGACAUACCGGAAAGAAAGCCUUGUGGCAUAUGCUAUCUACCGCGAUUGCGACUACGAAAGAGCUUACCCUAGCAGGCAUAUCUCCUAAUACAAGCGAACACCGAUCUCUAUGGUUUGAUGUGCUCGGCAGUGCAUUCGUGCUAAUGCAGGCACAUACCUUUUUUGCAUUGUCCGUCAGUCUACUCGUAGCUGGACCAUUAGUCCUCCUCAUCACUCUGGUCAUCCUCCGGCAAUCCGGCAAGCUUUACCUCUUUGCAAAUAGUACGAGUGUGCACACAACUGAGGGUGACUCUCCCGUCAAACUACAGGGUUGGAGAGGACUGUUUCGCUUUCCCUUCAUUGCUGUCUUCUCGAGUGCGGCGCCUAUAGCGUUAGCAUAUCUGCUCUUCAAAGAGAAUGAGGAAAUUGUGCAUAGUAGCCCUUGGCCAGUGUGGGCAAUGAUGAUCUCAGCUUUUCUCUUCAUCGCCUGGUUCACUGCUCGCUUCGCAGAUUACAUUCGCCCAUCCGCUCUGACUCGAACUUAUGGCUUUGGCUGGAUAUCCUUUGGCUGGUGGGCAUUCCUGAUCGUUGCUCUCAUCCAUGAAGAACAAUUCCAUCUUUCGGGUGGCUACUUUACCUUGAUUUUCUCUGCUUCGGCUUUCUUGGCAACAUGGUUGAGCUAUCUUGAGCUUUUCUCACUGCCAAAGAAGAAGACGUACGGUCGGGACAAGCUGCAGAGUGAGGGCUACACAGACGAAUCACGGCAACCGUCCCGACCAGGCUCAUCGAGAAGAGCGGAGGACGAAGAAACUGCUGACGAGGAGGAAGAAACUACAGAACAGUCUUCACUGCUCCGUUCUGGCGGUCGUUCAGCUUACAAGACACUUCCUCAUGACGAGGAAGAUGACAACCCUGCUAGCACGCCUCAAAAGUCCAGCGCAUGGACCAGACAUGACGAGCAGGAGUGGAGUGCGAAGAUGUGGAAUUGGAUGUGGUUGUUACAGCUCAUCGUCCUGGUGCCCGUCAACGUGAUCGUGCUUGGCCAACUGGGUUUCUAUCUCACAGAGGCAUUGCAUCAGACAGGCCAGGACGGGAGCUCGGUUUUCCUUGUCUACCUUGGUAUUGCUGUCAUCACGAUCUUCAUAUUCUCUCCAAUGUUGCCGAUCAUCCACCGCUUCACUUGGCACAUUCCAAUUUUUCUGCUUCUCGUACUUGGAGGCACGAUUGCAUACAAUUUACUGGCGUUUCCAUUCUCGCCACAGAAUCAGCUCAAGCUCUACUUUCAGCAGCAAGUUGACCUGGACAAUGGCAACAAUACAGUAUCGCUCCUUGGGCUGGCUCCUUACGUAAGGACAGCGAUCAGCAACAUACCCAGUGCAGCAGGACAGCAUGUUCGCUGUGAGCCGGUAGAGGCAAGACGGAGGUGCUCUUGGACAGGUCCAAUGCCACAGGUAGCUGGAUCUAAUGGAUACACCUACUCAAGAUCGCCUUACAAGAGUCUUCUUCACUACAACACAUCAAUCGUUGACUCGACCAAAUCUCUGAAAACAGCAAGGUUCUCCAUAGGAGGACAAAACACUCGAGCUUGCAAGCUUGUAUUUGACCUACCUGUCUCGAAUGUCCACGUCAAGGGCCAGGCACCAGAAGACAAAAGACUUCCAUCAGUGCCGGAACAAGGUAGCAAGGAGCUGAGAUUGUGGUCCCGAACCUGGAAUCGAACGUGGACGGUCGAUGUGACAUGGGAUGCCAAGCAACAUGGCACGAGUUUAAGCGGCAGGGCAGUAUGUUUAUGGAGCGACGUUAACCAGAAAGGCGUCAUACCGGCUUUCGACGAAGUCAAGCACUAUGUGCCGACUUGGGCUGCUAUCACUAAGGCGAGCGACGGCCUGGUUGAAGGAUACAAGAGCUUCAACAUUACCUUGUAA